AUGCAUUUAGGAAAUUUAAUUUUUCCAAAAGAACGUAGUGUAAAUAAAAUUGGACAUGCACUUCAUGUUCUGGAUCCAAAUUUUAAGAGAAUAACAUUUUCAGACAAAAUUAAGACUAUAUUACACGAUCUAGAAUAUAAGAAGCCGGCUAUCUGCCAAUCAAUGUAUAUCUUCAAACAACCAUAUAUAGGUGCUAAAGUUGGACCACAUCAAGACGGAACAUUUCUCUUUAAUGAGCCAUUAAAUAUAAUGGGAGUAUGGAUUGCAUUGGAAGAUGCAACACUUGAAAAUGGUUGUCUCUCAUUUAUUCCAAAAUCGCAUACGCGUAAUUAUGUAACUCUAUCUUACACACAGACGCAUGAGAAUAAUACAUGUUUUCUAGAACCAAUUGAAAGACGAUUUAUUCGAAAUCCAAAUAAAGAAGAAUUUGAUAACGGAAAUCUGCUUAUGUUCACUGGACCAGAAAGUCAACCUGAAGAAAGUGAAUUUGUCCUAUGUCCAAUUAAGGCCGGCGAUGCAAUUUUAAUACAUGGACAAGUCGUUCAUAAAAGUGAACAAAAUACAUCGCCAAUAACGAGACAAAUUUAUACAUUUCAUGUUAUUGAAACAAAUAAUUCAACAUAUAGCAAAGAAAAUUGGUAA